AUGACUGGCACGUUCUGGGCUGCUCUAUCAGCAAGUGGCAAAAUCUUUAGACUGUCGCUGGCAGUACUACUCUUCGUUACGAGAACCCUUGGAAUCGCUCUUGACGGCGAUGGGCGUCCCAUUGUACAAGAUAAUUGGCAGGCCGAGUUUAUGCGCCAUCAAAGUCCACAACCAGCCAACAUAGCCAAACGAGGGCCGCCAUCUUCCUCGGAUCCAACAGUGCAACUCGUCAUCACAAACAACUGCGAAGCAAAUAUAUGGCCAGCUCUUGCGACACAAGCUGGGACAGGUCCUGGAACGGGAGGCUUUGGACUAGCACCAGGAAAGAGCAAAAAGCUGGCUGUGUCGUGGAACUGGCAAGGUCGUAUCUGGGGACGAACGAACUGCACAGUGAAUGGCGAAUCUUGCGCAUGUCAAACAGGAGAUUGUUUUGCAAAGUUGGAUUGCCAGUUCAGUGUAAGUCCAUGUUUUCUCUGCCUAGGCACUCUCACUGAUGAUCUAGGGCGGUGUACCUGCUACGCUGGUCGAGUUCAACUUGGCUGGCGGCGUGAACAUGGCGCAAACAUUCUACGACAUUUCACUUGUUGA